AUGCGCUAUCUAUAUGUGCUGUCCGUCUGCAGGGGUGCAAACGUCCCCGUCCCCCUCCUGCCUUAUUGGGACGAUUCUCAUGUAAGCGUCCCCCCGUCCCCCUUCGCACGGUCCUUUUUUGGGGCCUCCGCCCUUCUUUCGAUCGAAAUCCGUGCUUUCUCCGUCGUGGGAGCGUCCCCGUCCCUUUAUGGCCGUCCCCCUCCCUUUAUGGCCGUCCCCCUUGCCGUCACCUCUUCUGCAUUUGCAUCCGUCCCCCCCCCUUAUGCAACCGUCCCCGUCCCUUUAUGGCCGUCCCCGUCCCUUUAUGGCCGUCCCCGUCCCUUUAUGGCCGUCCCCGUCCCUUUAUGGCCGUCCCCCUUUCCUUCAUGGCCGUCCCCGUCCCUUUAUGGCCGUCCCCCCUUGCCGUCACCUCUUCCACAUUCAUGUCCAUCCCCCCCUGUCAUGCGAGAUGGGCCGCGUUCUUACCGUUCUUACCCCGGUUUCAUCGUAUGA